AGCUUCUGGGCCAUUCAGCGGCGCUAGCCUACCGCCGAGCGUGCGGCUCCUUUAAAGCCGAGGCUAAGCCAAGCCGCAAGCCAGCCCUCACCGCUUGGAUUCUUCAGCGGGACCGGGGCGAGGGGACGCUGCCCGCUCUCUCACGCAGGGACUUUCUGCCCGUCCGGAGUGAACCAUCAUGCUGGGCGUGCAGCAGGCGCCUGGCUGCAGCCUGGAAGGGCUGUUGAUUCCGCAGCGCACUCCAGGAAGACCCCGCUCUAGCACAGCCGCCCUCCGCUGGGCUUGAUCUCUGCCCCUUGUCGGACUUUGGGGCUGGUGGCGCCGUGACAGGGCGAUUGCCAAGCAGCUCCUGUUGCUGCUGCUGCUGCUGAUCCCUCGCUGCUCUUUUUUUAUAUGGGAUUUAAGGACUCCACCCGGGCGAUGAUCCCUUUCUCGGCUUCCUAGGUGUGUUUUGCAGGAUCGUUUGCUUCGGCGGCGAACGCGAGAAGACCAACUCCAUCGCGACGGAUCCACGCGAACUGUUUAUGACUUCCCAGCUGUAGAACCGAUCUAACGUGUCCUGGGUUGGUGACUUUAAUACCACCAGGGAAGCAACGUUGGAUCAGAGAGGAUGAGUAAGGCCUGGAAAGAUAUAUUGCUCCAGAAAGGAUCUGCAAUGGAUAAAAAAAGCAAUGGCUGCUUCUUACUAAUUAUUCUACUAAAUAGAAUGGCUCCAAGUCUCUCUUCUACUGUAAGUUAUACUGACCCCACAUUAGAGCCUAUAGCAACUGAGCAAUCAGCGGCACGCCAGAAGAUAGUAGAUUCCCAGUUCAAAUGCUAUGAGAGGAUGAACAGGGAGCCUCCUUACAAUAAAAAAGGGCUAUUCUGUAACCGGACAUGGGAUGGAUGGCUAUGUUGGGAUGACACACCUGCUGGAGAAUUUGCUGAUCAAAAUUGCCCUGAUUAUUUUCCAGACUUUGAUCCAACUGAAAUAGCAACAAAAUAUUGUGAGAAGACUGGAACCUGGUUCCGGCAUCCUGAAAGUAAUCGAACUUGGUCCAACUACACGCGGUGCAAUUCUUUCACAAAUGAAAAGCGUAAGAUGGUAUUCAUACUUUACUAUAUGACUAUAGUUGGACACGCUUUGUCUAUAACCUCUCUGUUGAUUUCUUUGGGAAUACUUUUCUAUUUCAAGAGCCUCAGCUGUCAAAGGAUAACACUGCACAAGAAUCUGUUUUUUUCUUAUGUUCUUAACUCUGUGUUUACACUCGCCCACCUCAUUGCAGUAGUGUCUGAUCGAGACCUGGUAAGAAAGGAUCCAGUAAGCUGCAAAGUCCUCCAGUUUUUUCACCAGUACAUGAUGGGCUGCAACUACUUCUGGAUGCUAUGUGAAGGCAUUUAUCUCCAUACUCUCAUUGUGGUGGCAGUAUUUGCUGAAGAGCAGCGUUUGCAUUGGUAUUACCUCUUAGGUUGGGGGUUUCCUUUAGUGCCAGCAUCAAUUCAUGCUGUGGCAAGAGCCAAAUACUUCAAUGAUAACUGUUGGAUUAGUGUUGACACUCACUUGCUCUAUGUUGUUCAUGGACCUGUGAUGGCAGCUUUAUUGGUCAAUUUUUUCUUUUUGCUUAACAUUGUCCGAGUUCUGGUAACGAAGCUAAGAGACACUCACCGGGCCGAAUCUAACAUGUACAUGAAAGCUGUCAGAGCCACUUUAAUUCUUGUGCCCUUAUUGGGAAUUCAAUUUGUCAUUAUUCCAUGGAGGCCAGAAAACAAACUUGCUGGAGAAGUAUAUGAUUACAUCAUGCAUAUAUUAAUGCAUUACCAGGGUUUACUUGUGGCAACUAUUUUCUGUUUCUUCAAUGGAGAGGUCCAAGGAGCUUUGAAGAGGCAAUGGAUGCAGUAUAAAACCCAGUGGGGUCAAAGGCGUCGAGAACAUUGCUCUACCCGAUCUACCUCCUACACAGCCACUUCUAUCACAGAGGUUCCAAUUUAUCUAUACCAUCAUGACUCCAAUAGUGAACAGUUUAAUGGGAAGUAUAUAGAAGACUCUGAACUUGUUGCAUUAAAAUCUGGAGAGACGUCCGCUUAGCUUACAAAUGGAGAACUUACAAGGAGAAUAGAAGGAGAAGACUUCGAAGCCAUUGCAAGAGUGUGCUCAGUCAAGUGACAGGAUGCACCAUAUGCAAACAACAGAUGGCAACAGGUCAACAAGAGUCUGACAGAGACAGAGAUGUGGUGGAUGGAUCCAAGGGUGAAGAGGUCCAAGGGUGGAGUUAGCCAAUGAGAACCAUGGAAUUUCACUAGUUCCAGAACUUGGCCAUAUGAAAUAAGGGAUGCACUAGUAAUAAAAACAUCAAUCAGACAUCCCAUGACAACCUGGGAGAUGCAAAUGCUUCUCCAAAUGGAUCUUUGUUCUCCAAGUUGAGCUAAAAGCAAAAGGAGAUGGUCAACAGCUAUUGCAUUAGUUAUGUUCUUUUUACACUCAGCUUGGGAACCAUAAACAUGAGUUAUUUGUCAGUGUCUUAGAAAGCUUUUAUUCUUUGAAUUUCAGUCAGCUCCAACACUGCCUUCAAGUUUUUGUUUUGUUUUGUUUUGUUUUGUUGCACUUAGAGCAAAACAACAAGAAUAAUUCCAUGGUAUUUAAUCCUCGCUAUCUCAAGAAGAUUUCAUUCAGCAGUAUUCUGAUAUCAAGCACAGGACAGAAAUGAAGGUAAAAUAUUGAUUGUGUCACAAGCAUUCCAAAAUAGUAGAUUAAACAUUACCUAAGAAACAGAAUGCAGACCUGAAAGACUUUGUUCAGCAUUCCAUAUGCUGAUUGCUUCAUACUAAUCAUUUACUGGGAAAUUGUCAGCCAUAUUUUUCAGUCCAGCAAUCAGAUAUAGGGAACACUUUUUCUCUACAAAUAAACUGUGAAAUGUACUUGAAAUUGGUUUUUCUCUUUUUAAUCUUAAAGUUAACAUUUUUCUCUGCUUCUAAAUCCUCAUUUAUUUUGUCAAUGACGUCAUAAACCUUGAGGAUAAAGAAUCCAAAGGGAGAGUUGACCAUUAUAUACUUAAUCUUUCAGAACCUAUUCAUACGUUAUUGCAUGUGUGUGGGAGCCAGUUCAAUGUGGCUUCUCAGACACGCAUGCACACACACACGAGCGCACGCACGCACACACACACACAAUAUCCAAAUGCAAGAACCAUAUAGGAGGGAAGAGAAUUUCAUGGUGUGUCCCACGCCUGCAUUUCUCUUCCUGUGGACCAAACACUGUUUUCAUAGGUUGGAAUCAUAUGAUCUACCCUACCCAUGUGGUUCCUUUGGGGAAGGGCUAUAGCUCAGUGUUAAGAGCAUCUACUUUGCAUUCAGAAGGCCUUAAGUUUAAUGCUAGGCAUAUCUAGGUCAGGCUGGGAGGGACCUUGUCUGAAAUUCUAAAGAGUCACUGCCAAUUAGUGUAGUAGACCUUUUUCAACCCAAGGGACAGGGACCCUUUCUCAGCCCAUGGGCCACAUUCCAUCAUGGGUAGCCUUCUGGGGGCCAUAUGCCAGUAAUGGGCAGAACCAGAGACAGAAGUGGGCAGAACAAUGGAUGUGACUCUUACCUUUCUACAGCUACAUUCCAGCCAUGCAAAAGUCAGAGGUUUCUACACAUACAUGCACACACUUCAGCAUCAGACAUGCAAGAGGCAUUAUCACAGUUCAAGGACACAUUGAAGUCAGUCAAAAGCCACCGUAGUCAUAGUAAAUAUAUUUGCAUACAGCAUUUUCCACGAAUACACCUAUGCUGCAAGCAGUUCACAUAAAAACAGUCUAAAUACUCUACUACAGUAAUGAUACAUCAAAAAAGUAUAUCACUAAAACAUAACACUAAAAAAUGAAUAAUUAACAGUUCAUUUUAAAAAUGUAAAUGUACUGCCUUCAAGUCGAUUCCGACUUAUGGCAACCCUAUGAAUAGGGUUUUCAUGAGGCUGAGAGGCAGUGACUGACCCAAGGUCACCCGGUGAGCUUCAUGGCUAUGUGGGGAUUCAAACCCUGGUCUUCCAGGUCGUAGUCCAACACUCUAACCACUAUGCCACACUGGCUCUCUCAACAGUUCAUUUAACAUUCAUCAAAAUUUAAGUGAACAUUAAGCACACCAGUAGGUCAAGUAAAAAUAUCUAAUAACUUCACAUCCAAAACUAACCCCACAGCUAAUGACAUUUAAUAACUCUUCCUGCCUCCUCCCCAUCUUUUGUGCCUCAACCCAAAAGGCAAGAAACUUCCAUCAAGAGUUCUUAUGGGUGCAGCUCCAUUGCAUAGGCUUCCUAGGGCUGGAGGGUGGGUUAGGGCAGGUGCAAACAGCCAUCCCCAUUAUGGCAAACACAGUCUGUCUCCCCUCUCAGUUUGAGGAAGCUCCCUUAUGGGAAGGGCAUGGAACAGGGCUGAUGAGGAGCCUUGGGAAAGGAGCGUGGCCUUGGAAAUGUCCCAAGGGCUGGAUAGAGAAGCCAAGAGGGACACAUUUGCCCCACCAGGCCUGAGAUUCCCCACCCCCAGGGUAGACAAUACUGAGCUAGAUAGACCAAUGGUCUGACUCAGUAUAAGGCAGCUUCCUAUAUAUACAUAUUUCUAUGUGUGCUUCAAACUGAUGUUAGUGAAAUAGUAUUGGAUGCAGAAAAGUGCCCCCCAAGCUAUUUAAAUGGGGUGAUUUGUGCCUGAAUCUAAUGCUGAGAAUAAAAGAAACGAGACAUUUCACACAUUUUGUGUACACAUGAUCUCCAACACAAUUGUUUUGUGGUUGAAAAAUUUCCUGUGGAUUCAGGUUGCACAAGGGAUGGGAAUAGGUGACCCGCCCUCCAACCCAUGCUGAAUGUGUUGCAUUGCUCUCCUGUACAAUCUCAGUUAAGGUGGACAGAUCACACGGACAAAGUACUGGUGGACAGAUGCAGGCAGGCAGGCCUUCGAUCACAAAUGUUAUACAGGUGAUAGGAGGGCAUUAUGAGUCACACUCACUUCUGUGUUGUGUCACGAAUAGAACUCACAUACCAGGCUGUUGUGAACUAGCUUAAGCAAAAGCUCACAAAAAUAUUUCUGAACUUUGCAAAUUUACAGUCACAAACAUGCACAGACCAUGCUGUGAACAGCUGGAAGUGUGACAUUUGUUAGACUACACCUUUCUUUGUCUAAUGAAAGAAAAAAAAGGAAGACUAUGCAGAGGUAUUGAGGUAAAAGAAAUCAGAUAGGUUAUAAUCCAACCAAUGUUAUUUAAAUCCCAUUUAUUUCAGGGGAAGACAUUGAAGUAUAUGCAUAACAAUACAAUCCUUUGUCAGAUUACUCAUAAAUAAACCCCUCUGUGUUCAGUAAAAAUGCUUACCUUUGGCUGGAUUGCAGCCAUAAAGUCCAUAAAGUUCAUAGUUCCUCUCCUGUGAAUUAUCAGCUAGUUAUACAUACAUAAUAUGUAAUGAAUGAUCUGCUUACAUUUUUAAAAUUCAUUCCUGCCUUUGCAGGCAGAAAAUUAUUACAUUGGGAUAUUUGUGCUCAGAAUCCAUCACAUCUGCAAAGAUUCAGGUCACUGGGGUUGAAUUUUAAUUUGGUAGCUUGCUUGGUGAAGAAAGUCUAGUCUGCCAAGUUCAUUACAUGCAUAAUUACACUGUACAUUACAGAAUUAGACCAGAUUUGCUUGAACUAUAUCGAGUAAUAGGAAGUCUUUUUGACAAACAAUAUGUUUUUGAAACUUUAUUCCUAUUUUUGCUAUAUUUGGUGAACAAAAUGAAGAGAUAGUUUAAAAAAACACAUUUCCUUUACUAAAAAUUUCUGACAAUGUUUAUGUAUUGAGCUUUAUCAUAUCAACAGUUGUACAAGAUUUCUAAGUACAAACAAUUGGGCUAUUGAAACAGAAAUGUACAUAAUGCAUAAGAGACCUAAGUCCUAUAACAUACUUGUUUAAUUUAUCUGUACAGAAUUAUGUACACAGUGUAUUAUAUCCAUGGAAAUUUAUAAUAUUGCCACAUUUUUGUACAGGACAAUAAUGU